GUAAAACAGUAUAUAGCAUACGUAUGAAACGAAAGUAGGUAGAUAUACGGUUAUACCAUAUCGGGCAGGUUAACUUAACAAGGACACUAUCCCAGUGGCAGCUCAGCAAUUACAACGAAUACAGUAAGAUGGCGGACAAAUCCAUGGUAACGGAUGACGAAUAUCUUUCGCCAGAUGAAUUCACUACUGAGGAACGUGACCUUCAGAAGGAAAUAGCAGGGUUAUCAAAACAGAUUGAAUGUUUGAAAAAAGACAAAGACGAAGCGCACAAGUACAUAAAAGAUAUGUCAGCAAGAAUUUCCGAAAAUGCAGUAAUGGAAAAAGAAAUAAAACGACUAACAGUCGAGAACAAAGAUUUGAACAGCAGGUUACAAACUGGGGAUAUGGAGUACGUGAAGUUAUGGAAGGAAGUUUUUCCAUCAAAAAAUAACCCUCAGACGACAACCACAGACAAAAGUGUAUCCAACCCUGUACUUAUGAACGAGAAGACCGCUGAGCAGAUCACAGGCACGAAGGAAGACCGUAUACAGGAGUUUGAAACUGUAGUGAAGAGAUUAAUGGCGAAAUUGAGUGAGGAAUCGCAAAGCAAGGACAAAUUAAAGAAGAGACUUGAACAAGUUAGGGAUGAGAAACAAGCUCUAAAUGAAGAAACAAGUCGGAGGAUAACAGAAUGUCAAAACCAAAAUUGUAAAAUACAAGAAAAAAUGAGAUUGAUGACAGCAACUAAGGACCAGCUGGAAAAGGAAUUAGAGAAAGAAAAGGAGGAUCGAGCCUUACUAGUGAAGAAACUGUCGGACCAGCAUCGGGAGUACGAGUUAAAACUUGCCAUAAAAGAAAAUGUCAUCUCUAUAGAUGUUGGUAGUUUAAAACAGCAAGUCGAUACAAUACGGAGAGAGUUGGAGGAAAAGGAUGUAAUGCUGAAGAAACUAACAAAAGUUAAUCAAGAAAACGAGAAGAGAGUCCUCGCGGGGAACGGAAAGGUCCUCUCGUCAAAAAUAGAAAGCUUACAAGAGAAGGUCGACACAUUACAAAGCGAUCUGGAAAAGAGCCGCGCUGAAUGUAAACGUGAACAGUCGGAAAAUGAGGAACUGAGAAAUCUUCUGAAGGAGAGAGACGUAACCAAAUCCGAAGAACAUCGCGCGAUGGCUUUGAAAAUUGAGGAAUUAGAAAAACUGCUUUUAGAACAGAAAAUGACCAACAGCGAUGAUCGUCAUUCCACGGAGUUGACAAAUGAGGAACCCGAAAAACUGUCCGAAGAGAAAGAAAACAUCAAAGAUGCUUCUGGAGAACAGCUUCAGUCACUGCGAUUGGAGAACAAUGAUUUGAAGUUAGAGCUACAAAAACUACUGUCAGAGAAGCAGGAGCUAACUGAUGACCUGAGUGAGACCGAGAUAAACUUGUUGACUGAAAACCCAACAAAGAAAAAGAAAACAAUAGAGCUAAGACUACGUAGCGCGCGUUGUGGGAUGGGCAAAACCAUGAUUGACAUCGUGACCAGAGGGAUGCAGACACUUCUCAAAGAUAGAUUGGUCAGAGAAAAGAUAGACCUUCACAUCAAACCAUGUGAGACCUUGGAUGAUGAUACAGGUGGUCCCCUCUUUGUUCUCUGUCUGUCCAGGUCCAUCAUAGGAACAAAAGUGAACGCACUGGAGGGAGUACCGGGGAAUAAAGAUACUGCCCUGAUUAUUAUCCACUACACUGACAAAAAAGAAUCCUUGUCGCUUACCACUGUUGGCUUUCGUGCUUACGGAAGCGAAUUACGGCAGCUUGGCGGUACCAUAGAUAUGGCAUUCAGCAGAGAGAGUGGUCUGUACGAGUGCGACACCAACAAUUCAGCGGUGGAAAGAAUGACAACCUUUUUGAAGAAAUUUUGAGUUUAGUCAUUGUUUAUAACUUUAAGAUUUAUAGUUUUAAUACAUGACAAACAUGGUUUUAUUUUUUCCCCAGACACACAUCGUGUAAAUAAGAAUGUGCGUUUUUAUCUAGAUAUGUGUUUUCCGAAGAAGUUUAUACAAAACAUUUAUCAUGUCUACAUUUACUGUUUGACAUUGUACUUUUUUUGGAGGGGGUUACUCCAAAUAGUGUACUACUGUAGAAUUAUUACACCGAUUGGUUGUGUUUUAAAAUAUUAUAUUUCACUUAUUUUAUCUGGUGCUAUUUAUGUUACACGAUAUGCAAAUAUAUAAAAUGCAUGAGUAUCCAUGCCACAAAGGACAUCUAAAGAUCAAACAAACAUUCUUUAUACCAGAAUCAUUAAAAUGAACCACAUUCCAUCUUCUGAUGAGCAUUUUGGAGAUGUCAAAUAUUUUGUGCAUUGGAUUUCGUACAUUCAAAAUUAUAUUCGCUUUUAUGUUGCUUGUUAUUGGGAUAAAAAAUCAAUUAUAAAAUAUUACUCAACAAUAAAUAAGAAAAUCUUUUGUUUCGCGACCUUACAGGACAAAACAUGUGACUUUUUGAAAAAUAAACGUCCACAUAAAUCUUUGAUCAAAUAUCAUUCACGCAUUUAUUAUAUGUAUGGAAUAAUAAAGAUAGAUCACUUCUGUCA